CCACACCAACCACGAACGGCGGUUCCGAAACAAGCUCUAUAACGUCUGGACGCUAAAUUAACAGCCCACCGGGAUACAUAGGGCACACUUUGGUAUUUAUCGUGCUCACUGGCGUGAAUGAGAAUUUGCAGCGAAGAUGACAAAGCCGAAGAUGGGUUUAUCGCGCCGGUGAAAGCGGGCGCUAAAGAGAUUUAAUGCGCCUACGAAUCCGUUAACCCCGUCACCGGCGGGCGCAAAAAAGGAUAUCUCGGCGUUUCCUACCUCAGCUGCUGUGAAGUUUCCCUGGACGGUUUAUCCCAGCCAUGGCUUUGGUGACUCUGCAGCGCUCACCGACACCUAGCGCCGCAUCAUCGGCCAGCACCAACGCGGGAGAGGAUUUGGGGAGUGAGGAUGAUCGAAAGGCGAACAGCUUGAGUGAAAGCUUCUUCAUGGUUAAAGGGGCAGCUCUGUUUUUACAGCAGGGUAGCAGUACACAAGGGCCCAUAACACCAACCCAUCACAAAAAUGCUGGUGAUCUACCACAACACCUACAAGUAAUGAUAAACACCCUUCGUUCUGAGGACAGAAUUAAAUUGGUUGUUAGGUUAGAAAGUAGCUGGACAGACCAUGUGCGGUACAUGGUGGUUGUCUAUACAAAUGGGCGCCAGGACACAGAAGAGAACAUAUUGCUCGGGAUGGAUUUCACAGAUAAGGACAGUAAAAGUUGCUCUAUUGGGAUGACUCUUCCAAUCUGGAGUGAUACAAAGAUCCACUUGGACGGAGAUGGCGGUUUCAGUGUGAGCACUGCAGGAAGACUGCAUGUGUUUAAACCUGUGUCAGUUCAGGCCAUGUGGUCUGCCCUUCAGGUUUUGCACAAAGCAUGUGAGGUGUCUCGCAGAAACAACUAUUUCCCAGGGGGAAUGGCUCUUACUUGGGUAGGCUAUUACGAAAGCUGCAUCUCCUCAGAGCAGAGCUGCAUCAAUGAGUGGAACGCUAUGACCGAUCUUGAGACCACACGGCCUGACUCACCAGUUAUGUUUUCUGAUCAGCCAAAUGAGGGAGAGAUAACAGAGUGUAUGAUCAAAACCAAACUCCGAAACAUAAUGAUGUUUCAGGACCUGGAAAAUAUUACUUCCAAAGAGAUCCGAAAUGAGCUGGAACAACAUAUGAGCUGCAACCUCAGGGAGUAUAAAGAGUUUAUUGACAAUGAGAUGCUUCUUAUCCUGGGCCAGAUGGACAAGGCUACACUCAUAUUUGACCAUCUGUACCUGGGUUCAGAAUGGAACGCAUCCAACUUGGAGGAACUCCAAGACUCCGGGGUUGGCUAUAUUCUUAAUGUCACAAGAGAGAUUGACAACUUUUUCCCGGGUACCUUUUGUUAUUGUAACGUUCGUGUUUAUGACGAUGAGACCACAGAUCUGCUGGCACACUGGAACGAAACCUACAACUUUAUAGUUAAAGCCAAGAAAAACAACUCUAAAUGCCUUGUACAUUGCAAGAUGGGAGUGAGUCGCUCAGCAUCCACUGUUAUUGCUUAUGCCAUGAAGGAGUAUGGGUGGUCGCUUGAGAAGGCGUACAAUUUUGUCAAACAGAAGAGGAGUAUAGCACAACCCAAUCCAGCUUUUAUGAAACAACUGGCUGAAUACGAGGGGAUUUUAGAUGCGAGCAAUCAGAGACACAACAAACUCUGGCAACCGGACGAUGAUGAGUAUUCAUUGGAGGGCCUCCAGGCUUCAGCUGCCAGCGGUGACCAGAUUCCUCAAUUUUCGUCACUGCGCCCUGAUCAGGCGGACACUGGUUGGUGUCACGGGGGAGCAAGUGCUUCCCCCUGCUGUGGAGACGACCCGACAGACCACCUCAACUACAACUACUACUUCCGCCGACUUUCAGACACCGCUCUAGACAGCGAACCCUCCACGCCAGUCCGAGGUCCUCCUCUUUUAGGCAUGGAGCGGGUCUUUAUUGAGAUUGAGGACGUCGAGAGGGACGCACUGUUGGAUGAUGAAGGUUUCCCCAUGGCUCACUUGGCCCUUCCCGGGGAGGGCACAGCGGCCCAGACCUGUAGCCGCCUGGAGCCUCUGGAGGACAUGCGUUUGCGGCUGGAGUUUAGCACAGUGGAAGAGGAAGAUGAGGAGGAAGCACAAAAGGAGGAAGCAGAGAUGGCAGCCUUGGCCCGUGGUGAGGAGACGCCGAAGGAAGAUGACGGCCUGGCUAACUUGAACCGCUUUAACAACGAGAACGCCAACAACAGCAACAGGCUGGCUGGGAAGCGCAGCUGCCCUUCUGGCUUUGACGACAAUGCUAGCAUUGGAAACCCCUUCAAAGUGAAGCCCUCAUAUCAGUCGUGCCGAGACUGCCUGCGCCUGCCCAGCGGCCGCCGCUGUGAACGUCGCACCCAUCGCCUUAACCUGCCACGUCACGCUGGCCUGCCCAGUCUCUCCCCUGGAGGAAAGAAAUUCGCUACCACCUCCAUCAAUAAGGUGCCUGCCCCUCGGCAUCAUGUGUGCAGCAGGCACUGCCAGUGCACUCGUUGCUUCAGUCGAUCCAGCGCUUCUGCAGCGGUAAGCUCAGAAACUUACCGUAAGCGACUGCCUUUGCCUAUGAGCAGCGAAGACCUUCCUCAGGAUUUGCAUUAUUCCUUGGAGACUGAGGACAUAAUUCAAAGGCACAAAAUGGAGGGGGAAAAGACAGGGACCAAGAGCUCCAAAAGCCCGACUGCAGAUCUUAAUCUUCUGAGCCUCAGUCUGGAUGCCGAGAGCCCUAUGGUGGAGCUCAGCCAAGGGGACUACUUGGAGACAUCGAUCCCUCCACAGACAUCCACACUGGUGCACCAUAGACUGGAGCAAUUUCCUGAUCCUCAGUCAGAACUGAUGGACUUAAGUGCUGCCGAGGACACUGCUACAGAGGACACUGCUACAGAGGACAUGGAAGUGGAAGAGGGGAUUGUCCCCGACGUGUUUUCUGGAUCCAGUGAACAACAGCUUAAUUUUACACCUGGCUCCUCUCUGACGCGCAGCUCCAGCAGCGACAGUCUGCAGAGCACAGGGAGAGGACAACCUGGCUUGGUGCGUCAGCGAACCCAAGAGAUCGAGACCCGCGUGCGCCUCGCCGGUCUAACCGUGCACUCCCAACUCAAACGGUCCAAUUCACUGGCUAAGCUUGGGGACUUGGCCAUCUCCACAGAGGACCUUUCACGUUCAGCCACAGUCUCCAUUGACAACCAGCCAGACCCUGCUCUUUGCGCGCAAUCCUCUUGCUCUCCCAAGCUCUCCUUAACUCCAACUGUACUUCAGAGCCUAAAAAGCUGACUUCUCAAAGAUGUCAGAACUGCUUUCUAAGUGAAUGCUGUCGCUCCGUGACACAUGGGCAUAGCCUUAAAGCCAUCGAAAGCUACAGUGGAGGCAAAUGCUGCAAGACAACUCAUGAGAACAAUCAGGCCAGGGUUGGACCUUCUUCCAGAUGCCCUUUACAUAACUGCACUGCAUUUCUCAUGUGUCUGUCUGUGCUUUGACUAAGAUGUAUAUUAAAGAAGCAUGAUCAGGCUUGGAACUUUAUUAACGGCUUUGUUAAUAAUGCUGUGCUUUGUCUUGCUUAAGCGAGGGAAGGUUUUAAUACGCAAAUUACCCAUCAAUUGGUGAUGUUGUCCAGACGUAACAAAACUUUAUUUUCCUAAAACCUCUACGUUUGCGUAGGGCUGAUUGUUCAGAUAUAUGUUUGAUCUUCAUAAUUUAUAUCUUAGCGAUGUGUAAUCCAAACUAAUCGAUUACCAACCACACGAAUAACUUUCAAGCUGAUUCAAAUAAGGGUUAGGUACCAUAAAGUGCCCAUAAGACAGUGGUUCUCAUCCUCUUUUCACUUCAAGGCCCCCCUAUUGUCCACAACAUUAUUUAAAGGGCCCCCACUUUAUAAGUUUCUACCAAAAUGAAAUAUACUAAAUAUGUUACCAAUAUAACCAAACAAUAAGAAAUAUCUUUAUUAUUUGUUGUUUUGACUUAUUAUAAUGCUUGUUUUCCCCUUGGAAAUCUGUUGAGGUACCCCAGCCCCCUGGUUGAGAAACACUGCCAUAUGGGAAUAGAGCCAUGUUUGCACAGUUAAUUUGGAUUAAUAAAACAUUAGCCAGGUAUUAAGGCAUACAAUGUUUUUAAAAUCCUUAUCUGACCACUUAUUCUAUGUUUUUCAGCAAUGAUCUUAAUGAAAUAAUUUUUGUAAUUUCUUAAGGAUCAGAAAUUCCAAAACUGUGUUUGCUGGUAAGGCAGAAUAGGAUGGUAGAAUAGGAUUUAUGAUUUUGUUUGAGCCAUAACUAAAGUUAUAAUAGGGAAAUAUUAAAACAAAAGAAAAUCCUGUCAUUUACUCAUCCUUGUUUCUAACUGUUCUGCUGAACACAAAGGAAGAUAUUUUUAAGAAGCCGAUCUCGGGCACCAUUGACUUCCAUAGAAUGAAACAUUGAAUACUAUGGAAGUGAAUGAUGUCCUAGAUUUGUUUGGUUGUAAUGUUAACAUUUUUAAAGAUAUAUUUGUGUUUAGAAGAACAAAACAUUUUAUACGCGUUUGGAACAACUUAAGAGUGAGAAGAAUUCCAAUUUUACAGGUGACCUAUCCUGACCUAUUGGAAAUCAAUACAGGGUCUGCUAUUAAAAUGAAACAGGCAUUUUUGUUUUGAUGGCAACUUUCUAGUGGACAUUAGAUUUGCCCUCAACAGAAAUAUAGUUCAACAUACGUUUAAAGUCUCCUACAUUUUCAUUCAUUUGAAAAUGUCAUUUAAGUCUAAAAGCCAUGGCUAUUAAUCUACCCAAAAAGUUACUUAAAUCAUUAUAUCUUGUCAGCAAAUGCCGUUUUACAAAAGAUAAAAGCAUCAACAAAGCCACAUACUGUAUUUAUUAGGUUCUUCCAGAGAAAAAAAAUGCAAAAUGAAUGUGUUUGGAUUUGUCUUAGAACUCUCUGUUUUACUUCUCAUCUGGUGUUUAUUAAAACAACUUGAUUUAAAAUGUGCUAUUAGAGCAUAGCACUUGUAAUGUAACUUAGCUUAAGCUGUUUAUUGUACAAAUUGUAGUCUGUGAUGUGCAAAAACGCUUUAGCAGCAACACAUUACUACAAUACAGUCAUCUAGUUGACCAGAGGAUGUUAAAGUAUGUCAUUAAAAUCCUUUAAAAGGUUUUUUAAGUGUUUGCAAAGUUGCUAUAAAAAUAACCAGGCAUUUCAUAAUGACAUGUAUUGUCAGUGUUUACAGGCCCAGGCAGUGAAUUAUUAUAAUACAUUAUAAUAUUGUGGGCAUAGGGACUUACUUGAGCUUAUGAAAUUAAUACCAUACCAUAAGGUGUAGUAUUUAUCUGCUGAAACAAACAAGUUUGAUUAGUGCUCCGAGUAUUUAUUGAUUGGAUAAUUUAUUGUAAUUUUUCAUUUUUUUUUUAUUAUGUAUGUAUGUAUGUAUGUGUUUUUGGACUUUAUGUUGUUUAACUAGUCUAUUUUUUUAAGAAUUAUAAUAUGCAACGUGGCAUGUGCAAUAAGUAUACAUGAGAAUGGUUUUUAUUUUCUGAAAAGUGUGGAGAGGUAACUUUUAAUUUUCAUUCGAAAUGAAAAAGGAGCACCUUGAGUGAAAUCUGAGGGAAAGCUGUUUUUGUUUGCACCACAUGGGCUCAUUCACUUUUUUAUUGUGCACUUUCAUUAAAUGACUUCGUUUAAAAGUGGAAAACCUAUUUCAAAUUGCUAUUGCAAAUUUUGUGCAACAUAUCUUCGG